UUUUCCAGUCAUAGGACAGAAUACCACAGGGUGCUGGCCUUAUUUGGAAGGAGGAAGUUCUUUCAGCUCCAAAACUGUAGAGUAAAAUGCCGUGAUGCAAUUUCCGUUCUAAGUAUUUCCACCUGCCCACGGCCCCUUUAUAUAGAGUGCACGGCAUAGACAUACUGAUAAGAUUCUCUGCCUGCUGGAUUUGUAGCUGUAUAGUGAUGGUGCUUGUUUUACCUGCAAUUUACCUGAAGUAAAGAUACUGUGGCACAAUAAUCUCCACAGGCAAUUCAAAAAAACAAAAGAAAACAAAGAGCCUAAUUUUGCAUUACUGGUUGCAUUAAUGAAGGUUUUAAGUAACUCUGCCCUGUCUAAAACACUAACUGUAAGCAAUAUGGAACCACCUGGUGAGGUGGUGAAGACACUACUACAGGAAUCAGCAGAGCUGGGAGAUGCCCAGAACCUCCAACUGGUGUUGUCAAACAGUGACGACUUGUCUUCUUCCCUGAUUGGCCAAGAAAAUACAUGUGGCAUCAAGACAAACCAACUGGACAAAGAACAGGCAAAGUGUGAUCUGUCAUCAGGCAACUUGGAGAGAAAGCCUUUGAAGCCAUCAGAGAAAUCCUGCUGUCAAGUCCAACACUCGCAAGAUGCCAGAUUGAAGCACUGCAAGAAAAACAAAAGGGUAUCGUGGCCUUUCCGCAAAAACUCAGGGAGUGAAUCCACCUCUUCUCUGAAUGGCCUCUUCGAUAGGCCUCUUAAAGACAUCUGUGAUCACAAUGACAAUCUCGCCAAACCAAUCCUUGAUAUACUGAUGGUCCUGUUCCAGAAAGGACGCUCAACAGUUGGAAUAUUUCGAAAGUCAGCAAAUUUAAAGGCCUGCAAGGAACUAAUUGGAAAACUAAAUAUGGGAAAAGAAGUGACCCUGGAGGAGGAGCCUGUCAUUCAGUUGGCUGCUGUCUUCAAGGAUUUCCUACGGAGAAUCCCAAACAGCGUGUUGGUGACUGAACUGUAUGAUAGCUGGAUGGUGAACAUGGAAGAGAUGCCCUUUGAAGAAAGAGUUGCAAAGAUCAAACAGCUUCUGGCGAAACUUCCAAGCCACAACUGUCUCUUACUUCGCUAUGUGUUUUGUGUGCUCUACCACAUCAAUAAGCACUCUCAGGUGAACAAGAUGAAUGCCUACAAUCUUGCUGUUUGCAUUGGCCCAAAUAUGCUCUGGACCAAAAAACUGAAUUACAGAAUUACAGAAAAUGAAUUACAGAAAGAAGUAACUUCAAAGGUUGUGACUCUGAUGCAAUUUCUGAUCGAGAACUGUUGCCAAAUAUUUGGUAAUGAGAUAACUACAAUUCUGGGUGAACCAGAAGACAUUGACAACUUGGACAUAUCCUGUCACCAAAAUGACUCUGCCUAUGACAGCACUGACCAGGAUGAUUGGAAAGAGGGAGAGAAUGAAAAAAGGCAGAGAGCAAACUCCAGCUGUUAUCAACUCUCGAGGAGCCAUGAAAGGUUGAGGAUGGCGGAAAAGCAGAAUUGUCAAACUGACAUAACAGAUGGCGUCUGUGUCACAGCUUCUUGCAGCAAUGAAUCAAUUGAUGCUAAUAGCAGAGUAUCUUUCAGACCUAAUGCGACAACUUGUCCAUCUGGACUUAUAAAUAGACAGCUAAACGUGAGGGCAGACAGACGCAGCUCUGAACCGACAUUAGCUGUUGCCUUCAACCCUAAAAAGAUCAACCAGCAGGAAUUAGUUGCAAGAAGCCAUGAUGAUUGCUCAGUCCCAUUCGUCCUGGAUUUUACUCACCAUCUAAUGAGAAAACAGGUAUCAGAGGAAAGUUUUACAAGACGUGAGAUUAGCAGCAGGAGGCCGGACAAUUUUAAUGCUAGUUCACACUCUGAGCUUUCCACAGCCUCCUCCUCAAAGGCUUCUUCAGUUUCUUCAUUGGCCAGCUCAUGUUCCAACAUGUCAGAGAGCUCAGUUUUUAUCAGCUCUCCACUUGUUUCCCCUACAUGUUGUAGUCAGGAGAAUUAUGUCUUUUCAGACCAUCUAACAAAACUUCAAACAAACUCUAUCCAAGAUCCAAACAGUUGUGCAAAGAGCACAAAAGAGAAAGCUAAGAAAUCUGUAAAGAAGACUUACAGCUGGGGGCCAUCAAGGACACUUAAUACAAACCAGGAACCUUACAAGGAAAACACUCUGAGAGAAAACCUGCCAACCUGUCAGACAGUCCAUGAGGACCAAGUCGAUGACAGUGACACUGCCAGGUUCAGGACUCGCAUCAUGUCUGCUGAUGAAGUAUUUCAACGAAUUGACAGUAAAAAACGUUGCAGCCCACCUUCUUAUACUAAAGCUAUUGAAGAAAACAGUCCACCCAUUCCUUCAAUGAAGGAAAUGACAGUGAAAAACAUGAGAAAGCAGUUCCUGCUGAAAGAACAUACGAAAGUUGGUUGCAGAUUAGUUGCUGAACAGAAAGGCAGACCUUAUUCAUUAACAGAGGAGCUGCUCCAGCCUUUAUAUCAAAAUCAGAUCAAUCUUGAUUCUUGCAAUAAACAAACCACAGCAACUAAUCAGUGCGAAGCAUUUGAUUCUGAGAACGUUUUGCAUCUUACAAGAUGUGAAAAGGCACACAAGUACAGAGGGAGAGCUAUGUCUGAAUCUGCAGGCAGGAGCAAACAUAAACUGUGGUCCACUCAAGCCUUUGAGUUUCAGUAUGCUAAAGAGUCUUAUGUAUAAUAGUUGCACAAACUAUAUUCCAUAGGAUUACAUUGUUAAUAUUGAGGUAACACACAAGGACAGUCUAAAAACUGGAGACACAAAAGACUGCAGAUGGUGGAAUCUGGAGCAACACACAAACUGCUGGAGGAACUCAGCGGGUCGAGCAGUAUCUGUGGAGGGAAAUGGGCAGUUGACAUUUUGGGUUGAGAUCCGUCAUCUGGACUGUCUAAAAAGCUGUUGUUGUUCAUUGUGAUGAUCUUCUGUUAUCAAUGUAUUUAGUCUAAUGGAAUAAAAAGGCACCAUAGAGUAA